AUGGGACGUAAAUAUGUUAAGAAAAUUACUAGAUCUGCUAACAUCGAUUCGUACGAAAGUCUGGCCAAAUUUUAUGAAAGACAAGUCGAAUUUCUCAAGCAUGAAAGAAAACGUGUUAUAAGAUUUUUCAAUGAUAACAAUAUACAAGGAGAUAAUUUGUCUAUUAAAGUAGCAAGAUUACAAAUUUUAAUAGAUGAAGAUAACAUUAAACAUCUUACAAAAGAAAAAAAUGACUUUAAAAAACAAUGUAAUGAUUUGGAGGCCGAGAAUAACCAAUUAAAACAAAAAAUAGAAGAAAUGAACGUGGAUGCGGAGCGUACAGAAAGACUACAUAAACAGGAUAUGGAAAGAGCAAGAGUACGUAAUAAUAAUCUUUAUGAACAACAGUUAGCUUAUAGUUGGCAAUUAACAAAUCAAGGUCUUGUCAGAACAACACCGGUACUUCAGCGAACUGAAUCGUUAGAUUUAGAAUUAGAACAUCGAAGGGAAGAUAUGGAAUU